AUGAUAGGUGUUACACAGGAGGAGACCCCUAAAGAGCAAUAUAUGUCGGUCAUGGUAUCUCUGCUUUCUUCCCGUCAGGAGAUUAGCUCCCUCCGUAGCGAGAUAAACGAGAUGAAAACUACCAUGGAGACCUCAACUUCGAGUCGAUUAUCUUUUGACAAUGAAAACCCAGAGCUCAGAAAAUACAUUAAAUUAGUGGCGAUCCAGAACGUUAUGUCUGGUGAUGUGCAAGGCUACACCGCAACUAAGGACAGGCUUGGAGAUGGCGAUCCACUUCCUCUCUCCCUUUACGCAAAAGUCAUGGCAAGUAUUAGCUCAAUUCUAUCCAAACCCAAGAAAUGGAAAAAGAGAUUGCUACCUGCUGGAUAUGGGAAGAAUCCAGAUACACGUUGCGCACAAGCAUUCCACAAUCUGGUGAAUAAUAUCUUAAAGGAAGCUCGAAAGGACUUUGACAGCCUUCUCUUCACAAACAUCCACUUUCCGGAACGUGCUGGUACUGCAUCUACUGCAAAGAUAUUCGAGAAGCAGCAUACACUAGUCGGAGGCAAAGUACUUGUUCGCGAAGAAAUACUUAAAAGGGUAACUCCUCUUGAACGUUCUCGAUAUGCUUGGCUUAGAUUGCAAGGGUGUCAUUGGGGAUUAGGCGAUAGUACAGAAUACGGCAAAAAACACUUUUGGGCUGUGGUAGAUGAAAAGCUGGAAUUUUUGCGAAGUCAAUCCACAAGGUAUCGUUAUGCAUACUUUUUCCUAUGUUUACAAUUCGACUUUGACCUGUUCAAAGGAAAGAAGACCAUCGAAGAAAUCAAAGAGACCACUGGCACCGAUUUCUCAUUGCCUGGUGAGACCGCAAUCAAUGAUACAAUAUCGGAGUUGAAUGAGACAUAUGGAGACAGGGUACCCGAACGUGAAACAGCCUACGAGAAUCCUGAAGCAGCCUAA